CCUUAGGACGGAUCCGCACCCAUGGAGUCGGCGGGGGACACAAACAGCUCUUCCGUAUGAUUGACUUCCAGAGACUGAAUUUUGAGCCCGGGCGUGAGAAUGCGCCAUUCCAGGAGAAGGUGGUGGAGGUGCGCUACGACCCCUGCAGGUCCGCGGACAUCGCUCUUGUCGCCGGAGGGAAGCGGAAACGCUGGAUUAUUGCCACAGAGAAUAUGAAAGCUGGAGAUCUGAUCACUUCCUCGGCACACAUCGGACGCAUGGCAGUGUCGGCCCAGGAGGGGGAUGCCCACCCAGUCGGAGCCCUUCCAAUCGGGACCCUCAUUAACUGUCUGGAAGUGAUCCCUGGGAAGGGAGCAUUGUGUAUCCGAGCUGCAGGCACCUGUGGCGUAUUACUGAGGAAGGUGAACAGGACGGCUAUUGUACAACUUCCAUCCAAGAGACAGAUUCAGGUGUCAGAGACCUGUGUGGCCACAGUGGGACGCGUGUCCAAUGUAGAUCAUAACAAGCGAAUCAUCGGCAAGGCGGGGCGGAACCGCUGGCUGGGAAUCAGACCUUCUAGUGGACUCUGGAAGAGGAAGGGAGGCUGGGCAGGAAGGAAGAUCAAGCCUCUGCCACCAAUAAAGAGUUAUGUGAAAUGACCAAGUUCCCGCUCGGUGCUGCAGAUUUAGCCCCUCCUCCCUCUUCUCCAACGUUAGCUUUC